AAGAGAGAGGGAGGAAGAGAGAAGGAAGCUUUCUGUUCCCCAGCAGCGGCUGUGAGACUGCUGGUUCCAUCCUACCCACUUAUCCAAGGUUGUUUUAUGACCCGGUUUCCUGAUUUGUAGCUGCAGGGAAAAAUGCAAAAAGCCAACCCACUCAAGGCCUGGGAACUAGGAAGAAGGAGAAAGUUCCCUGGAGCAGGAGGCUUGGGAGGCCGGGGGUGUCCAGCGAGGAGUGAAGAAGGUAGGACCACCCUGCACCUCCCCAUCCGUCUGGGGGUGUGUGGAGCGUGGACUGUGCUAGUUUCUGGAAGCCCCAGGCCCAGUAAGGAAGCCACAACGCCAUUUCCAGGAGCAGUAACCUGCGCGAGUCCCACAGCCCAGAGACAACAGGACCCAGAUCUCCACCUGGGUGCCUGACUUCUAAAGGUGAGCCCCGCUCCGCAGCCACACCCCACUGCCCCACGGCGCGGUUUCCGGGAUGCGGUGGUCAACGGGCCCCCAGACCUGGGCCGUCCAAGAUGGAGGGGCCUGCAGUCCAGGUGACCAGCUGGGGUAGCUGUGGGGUAGCAAGAGGGGAUUCAGCAGCAAUGGUGCUGUUGGCAUUCCAGAGCCCCCCACCCCCCGGGGCGGGGGGACACUCACCUAUUAUCAGUUCCAUACUUACCAGUCUCUUGUGGACAGUAAUUGUUUUUAGAUCAUUUUAUUCACCAUUCAACAAAACAGAUAUCACCACCUCUCCCCCUUGCUGUCAAAAUGAGGAUAAGAAGGGGGGCGGGGGGUUCCUGACUCCUGAGUUGUCAUCAGCUAGGAGGGCUGGGGUCUGGUGGCCCACACAUUCAGGGACCCCAGGUCCCAGCAAGUCAACGGGCUGGCUCAGAGGCUGCCGUGGGCAUCUGAGGGGACCCACGGUGCGGGGAGGGGCUCCUGGUCUGCUCUGUGAUCCUUCCCACCAAAGCCCCAGAUGUUUCUGGCCCUGCGGGCCGCCGCGCAAUGUGGAUCAGACAGGAUCUGUGUGUCCGCUGGCUCUGAGGGCAGGCAAAGGUGAGAGAGAGAGCCCAACUUCUCACCCCAGCCUGUCCUUGAGGGCCACCCCGCGUGCCCCGAGGGACCCUGACUUCCCUGCGGAAGUGGCUUCAUCAGCUAGGGGCUUGUCUGGCUGCUUCCUGUGCUGGGAAGAUUGUUCUGAUCUCUGCACGCCUUACUCCCUCAGCUCCAACAGGACUUUGCUCAUGUCACCUUCCCAGGGACCGCUCCCUGACCACUGUGCUUGGAAGAGCACCCCGUUUACGCCUCCUCUCCUACUUCUAUCACGUGCUCACCUCCUUGUCCUAAGCCACGUGGCCCGCUGGCUUUACGGCUGGUCUCUCCUCUUUAGAACUACAGUUCCCCAAGCAGGCGUUUUGGCCGGUUUUGUUCACAGCUCUAUCCCCAUAUCCCCGAACAAUAAAUAUGUAUUGAAAGAAUAA